AUGGCUUCAGUUUCUCACUAUUUCCUAGUAGUUCUGAUCUUUCUGGAUUCACAUGAAGCUCAGCCAUCCUGUCUGCCAGGAUAAACCUGCCCCGAAGAGAGUUUGGGAAGGACUCUACAGUGCAUGUCCAUCUCUUUGGGAGAGAUCCCAGGGAAGCUUCCUGACGAGUUCAAGCAAGUGAGAAUUGAAAAUUCACCCUUAUUUGAACUGUCCCGAGGGUCUUUCAUCAACAUGAGCAGCUUGGAAUACCUUUGGCUCAAUUUUAACAGUGUCACUGUGAUCCACCUAGGAGCCCUGCAGCACCUGUCAGAACUGAAAGAGCUGAGACUGGAGGGGAGCAAACUCUGUUCAGUACCAUGGACAGCGUUCCACACCACUCCGCCUCUGAGCGCCUCGGAUCUCAAACACGACAGGAUUGAAGUACUCCCUGAGCUGGCUCUUCAGUUCUUGAUCAACCUGACCUACCUUGACCUAUCUUCCAAUAGGCUUACAGUUGUAUCCAAGAAUGUCUUCUUGAACUGGCCGGCCUACCAGAAACACCAGCAGCCUGGCUGUGGAGCCAAGAUUCUCUCCAGCACGGGGCUGGCGCGGCACAACAACCCCUGGCUAUGUGACUGUCGCCUAAGGGAACUUGUCCAGUUUGUAAAGUCCGUUAGCCUCCCAGUCAUCCUGGUGAAUCCCUACCUGAUGUGCUGUGGCCCUCUCUCCAAGACAGGGCAGCUUUUUCAUGAAACUGAACUUUGUGACCGCAUGAAGCCACAGAUCUCAACCCCCAGUGCCAAUGUCACCAUCUGGGAGGGACAGAAUGUGACCUUGCAAUGCCUGUCACGGGCCAAUGCCUCACCAACCAUUGCAUAGACUUAUCCCCUGAGCAUGUGGAGGGAAUUUUAUGUGUUGACUUCAUCUACUGCAGAAGAUGCUGCUCUGUCAGAGCUGGUCAUACCCGCUGCCCAUCUGGUGGACAGGGGCAAUUACACCUGUGUGGCCUCCAACUCCACUGGCAGUAGCGCCCUUGACAUCUCCUUCCACGUUCUGCCUGCCCAGGCCCUGCCUGCACCCCAUUCUCCUUUCUCCCCCUUGGAAAGCAAUGCCUACGUUGACCUGCAGGUCGUCAAGCAGACAGUGCAUGGGAUCCUGCUGGAGUGGUUUGCGGUGGCCGACACCCCUGUGGAGAAAUGGGUCACCCUCCACAUUGCGUUGGAGGAAGUCCUCAGGAAGGAGGUGGUCCACAUUGGCCCCGGGAUCAACACAUAUGCCAUGGAUGACCUCCUCCCUGGCACAAAAUAUGAGGCAUGCCUCAGCCUGGGGGGCCAGCCCCCACGGCAGGGCCAGUGUGUGGUCUUUGUGACAGGCAGAGACCGUGAUGGGCUGGGGAAACGAGAGCGCCUUCUGCACGUCACAGUGGUCCUGUGUGCGCUGCUGCUGGCACUGCCUGUGGGCACCUACGUCUGGGCAGCCCAGGCCCCCUGCAGCUGCAGGGAGUGGGGCCUGUGCUGCUGUCCUCAUCACAAGAAAGCCCCCAGGUGUCCCCGCGCAGCCCCACAGCGUGGGGACAGCUCCUAUAGAGACCACACAGCUGUCUGUGAGGACAGCGUGGAGCACAGAGAUGCUGAGGGGGACGAGGAAGAUGAGAGGGAGAGAUUGGCUGAACAACUCGGGCCAGGGGGCAACACAGUGGGCCUCUAG